CAUGUCCCAAAGCAGCUAGGGGAGUCUGAAAAUAAGAGCGCCCCACUAUAAAAUCCAUCACCCAUUCUGUCUUUGUUAUCAACCCGUUUCUUUUGAACUCUGAUAGUUCAGGAAGGGCAUUACUCGUCAUCACACAAUAUCAUGGCGGCAAAAGUUUACGUUGGGAAUCUGAGUUGGAACACGACGGAUGACUCCUUGAGAUCGGCUUUCGGAGAUUUUGGCAAUGUUACUGAUGCCAUCGUGAUGAAGGACCGUGAAACUGGCCGCUCUCGUGGUUUUGGUUUCGUCACCUUCAACGGCACUGAAGAAGCUGAGGCAGCCAUCCAAGGAAUGAACGAACAAGAGCUUGACGGUCGCCGGCUUAGGGUUAACCUGGCCAAUGCUAGACCCAGUGGUGGGGGAGGAGGAGGCGGAGGCUACGGUGGAGGUGGAGGCGGCUACGGCGGCGGCGGCCACAGCGGCGGCUACGGUGGUGGCGGCCACAGCGGCGGCGGCGGAUACGGUGGCGGUGGAUACAGUGGUGGUGGCGGCGGUUACGGCGGAGGCUACUAAGCCCUCCAAUGGUUUUGUGUUUCAAGAUUGGUCGGUGUCGCAAUUCUGUAUGAUGUUCAAAGGUCGUGUUCAUCCUCGCCAAGCUACGAUAUUUCCGCAUGCAUUACAGUAUCUGUUUGAUCAUAACGCAACUUAAAUACUCGGUCGAAAUUUGUAUCAAAACAUGUGUUCUCGAGAUUCCUUUACAAAUUUAGUUUUGAACGUG